UUUCGAUCCAGCCGCGAACACGACCCAGCCAUCUUCUGCAAGGUCGCGCUCUACAUUCUCCCCCGUUCAACCAAAGAGCCGCGCAACAUCUCUGGUUGCGAAUACUCAUCGGCGUAGCAGUGCUCACCGUCGUGCGAUACCUUGGAUCGCGCCGAUGCUCCUCGGUCAUCUGAGAUAGCGCUUGCGCCUCUGCCAUCGCUCCUUGGGGCCCUCGAACGCCUCGGCUGGCAUCCCACAUCAUAUCGGCCAAGAUAGAGUCGACGGAGCGAACCAAGGCUGGAGAGGGGGCUGCUGGGGCUGUCCAGCGGGGGGUGGAGAGAUUGGAAGGGGACUCAGCGACGACGAGUAUGCCCGGCGUCAUCAUGGACCACGGGAGCAGGAACGGAUCGCACACGAAUCACGACAGAGAUGAACGGCAUAACGGCGUCAAUGGAAUCAUCUACACCUCCGAGAAGACGCAAGACAAGGGCAAAGGACGUGUUGAGCCUCAACAGAAUAUGACACCGAUCAGCCCAACCAUGCCGAAUGGCAUCAAUGGCACCUUCUCAGAUGAUCCACAGCACGCAAAUGGAGCUGGCAAUGGACAUGACAUGCAGAAUCGUGUGGACCAGCUGCCUCCGGAGAUUCUUCACAUCACGCAGGGUUAUAUGCCGCUCUCAGGCCUGUUAAGUCGAUUGGCGCAACAUUCUAACACAGCCCUGCAAGCGACAUUGACGGAGCUGGCCCAGAUGCCUCUACCUGCUUCAAUGACUAAUGGAAACACCUCUCACUCUUCGUCUACAGAUGACAAUUCUCCCGAAAACCAGGCGAAGAAGAAACGCUUAUUGGACUUUGCUACCAACACUCACGAGUCAUGGACGAAGGCGCUGGUAGUCACCGGUUGGAGUCGAAAGGCCGACGAGGUUAGCAGGGCCGUUGACAUAAAAGUGCAUGUGGACCAGGAAAAGGCGUUUUAUACUGCUUGUAUAGAUGAGCUGGCUUUUAGAAGGAGGUCAUUUUCUACCGAUCCGAAAAAGAGGUGGCCAAAUCCAGAUUUGAAAACAGCGGUGCCAGUUUUAACUACGGGGAAAGCUCAUUGGAUGCCCGACUUGGGCUACAUCUCGCAGCCACCGUUGACAUCUAAAGACGUACUACAGUCUUUGGAGAAACUGAAUACUCUGCUUUCGGCGCGUUUAAAUCUCGACGAUUACGACUCAAUUCCUCUUCAAUUCAAGGAUUUCACCAUCAAAUCUGGUCGUGCCACAUUCAAGGUUGAAGGAGAAUUUGAAUUGGAUGUGACGAUUGCUGAUGAGGAACCGCAAUCUCAAUUCUGGUUUAUUGACUUUCGGUUCUUGUUUUGGCCUUCUGCGUCCAUUCUGACGCCAAGAGCUCGAACUUUCAUCGAGAGUAGGGUCAACGAGAUACUGCUCAGAGAUGGCCUUUCCGGGUGUUAUAAGUUCUUGCACGAAAUGAUUUUGACCUACAAGAUUAGCGAGUUCAGACAUCAAGCCAUUGACCUUGGCAGGGCGAAAUGGGUGGAAACUCUGAAAGUAGAAGCUCUAAAUAGGGCACUGUCUGUUCAAUAUUGGCUCGAUCGGUACAAUGGCUCAGGAACCAAGAGCUGGAUCAUCCUCGGUGUGCAUAGCGGCAAGCGAGAAGACGGCCGACCAGACGCGAACUCCACGAGCCGCUUGUCCCUCAGGUGGUUUCGGGACCACAAGGAAGUCAAGGAUGCGGACAUCUCGUUCGACACUGUGAACAUAUCUACAGAGUCUCUGUUGAGAGUGGUAAUUGCGAUGCACAUCAGCCACAUAUUGACUGUUAUAUUCGACAAGCUGAGUGCACAUACACUCUACGCCAAUCGCGAAUUGGGCAUAUCUCUGGUUACGUCUCCAGAUGACCCGUCUAAACCAGAGCUCGAAGUAAGCUUGACAAAUGAACGGCGACUUUCUCUUAAGAUCGAUCCGAUUUCUGGCCGGUUUGUGUUCUCGCCGACCAUGCUCAUGGCACACAAAUACGAGGUGAUGAUGAAUGCACCAUCCAGAGACCCGAAAGAUUCAACUGGUAAAAGAAUGGAAGAUACAAUCGACAAAGCACUUCGCGUUCUCGAAAAUCUUCGAUAUUCCUUUAUCACAGAUGACAUUGUAACUCGCGGCGUGUCUCUGGGAUGGAGACGACUACCGGAUCCGGGUAUCAAACGAAGUGUCCUAUUUGAAUCAAUACCCAAAAAUACCCAAAUGUCCCUGUGGCUUAGGAGACCUGGAUGGGCCGAGGAUUGGUAUCUUCUGGUUUGCCUAAGUAUGAGUGGGGCAAAUUGGUUUUUAAUUAAACUGAUGAGACAAGCCACUCCCUUAGACCCUAAUCCGAAUGCUCUCGGAAUUGGUCCUUUCUUGAAGGUGCAAAUCAAGACCGUUUCGCCCACAAUUAACUACAUGUUCUUGACCGCUCUGAACAUUUACACUGGUGGUCUCCUGUCGUACUACGCGAACCUCAAAACCCUCCACGCUAAGCGUGUUCGUCAAAUGCUUCGACAAGGACCGCCAUCUAGAUCGUUGACACUGCCGGUAAUCUUCGUCAAAAUCUCGGAAUUAUUACGAGACAGCCCUACAAUGAUGAACUCGAAAGCUUUCUGGGCCAAAAAAGAUGUCAUUAAAUUGACAUACAAGGGCGUCGAGGUCCACGCACCAAGUCCUAAUGAUAUCAAUGCGCUGUCACAAACCUCCAUUACUGCAACUCAAUCAUCAAAUGCAACGUUGAUCCGACGUCCAACAAUCAUGGAAGAAAAAGCUGUACUUGUCACAGAGGCACGCAUGAUUGUCCCAUUACCCAAGAAUCUUGCAAUCCUGAACGAGAAGGUCGAUCCAGAUAUUGCAUUUCACCCUACGACCGGAUCUUUCGCUUUGCGGCUGUACAGCAAAAUCGGAGAGUCGGUCAUUCCUGAACUUAUAGAGCGGAUCACUGGCAUUGGUAGGCUUGUACAAUUCGUGGAUGUUCUACAAAAACACGAGAAGACGUUGAAGUGCGAAAGUGUCUCACUUGGCAAGAUCGUCUUCAAGUACGGGCAAGCGUCUUCAACACAGUCCGACCCAAGUCCCGCGACCCGUCCUUCGCUGCAGUACAGCGCCACAGUCGACUUCAGCACGGGGGAGAAUACAAUGACUUUAAUUCUCGAAAAAGCUAACCCACAUCUGCGUAUCAAGAAUUUCUUGACCAAUGUUCUGAACAGCGCAGAGGGUCUCAAUGGUGUUGCUACUCUUUUGACGUUGACACUUCCACUCCUGAGAGGAUUGACCGCCAUCGAAGAAGCGUGGAACGACAGCGCUCUUUACGAAAAAGGGGAAGCUUUUGUCACCGCCAGGGCGACUGAUUGGUAUAAUAUACGAUACAACCUGAGGCAACCGGCGGCGCAAAAUCAAACUACCCCUCCAAGGCUACGAAGGGUUUUAUUCGACUUAAGGCUACGACAGCGUCGUGGUGAGCCUUGGUGGCACCUUCAUCGUACCGACAAUUUACGACUGAAGGACUGGGACAAUCUUGAUACUGCCUUAAAGCCUCUGUGGACGACAUCUGGACCAGGAUGGCGAGCCAUGAUGAGUAGUGCAGCUGGACAAGGAAAUGGCAUCGAAGAGCUCUUGGCGAAAAUGGAUGACGUUGUGCGGACUUUUGCUAUGAGCGAUGUAGGCAUUCAAUCUCAACAAGCUGCUGACGUCCCGGCCCCCAUUCCGAAGCAAGCUCCGACUCAAGCCCCGCCUUCUCGACAACCGCAACAGCAAAGGCAGCAACCCACUCCCAGUCAAAGUCAGAGCCAAAGUCAAGAUCGAGGCAAUCCAAGGCACAAGGUCAUAGAGAUCGAUUAGGCAAGGUAGCAUAAAAAUCCUGGUACACACAAU